AAAUUCCUGUACCAUAUUAGAUAACUGUCAGUAAGAGCAUUGCCAUCUUUGCACAAGCACAAAGCCACAAACAAGGGAUAUAAAUAGUAGACCGUGCAUAGUUGAUAAGUCCUUGCACUGUAUUAGAGACAGAUUCGUGAGUUUGUCUUCACCUAGGGAACUUCGACCCUAAAACCAUACACUACAUCCAUAUAGGUAAUACAAGAGCAGUGUAACCUGUAUCAGGCUUCACCCUUGUUAGUCAUGGAUGAGAGAAGUGAUAUGGACAAGUUAGAGGAGGCACUUCUGCCGGGUUUCCGGUUUCAUCCGACAGAUGAAGAGCUGGUAGGUUUUUAUCUCAAGCGAAAGAUUCAGCAGAAACCCCUUUCAAUUGAGCUCAUCAGGCAGCUGGACAUCUACAAAUAUGACCCAUGGGAUCUCCCAAAACUAGCAAGUUCUGGGGAAAAAGAAUGGUAUUUCUACUGCCCAAGGGACCGGAAGUACCGUAAUAGUGCUAGACCAAACAGAGUCACAGGAGCUGGAUUCUGGAAAGCAACAGGAACAGAUAGGCCCAUUUACUCCUCCGAGGGAACCAAGUGCAUAGGCCUGAAGAAGUCUCUUGUUUUUUAUAAAGGGAGAGCAGCAAAAGGGAUCAAGACUGACUGGAUGAUGCAUGAGUUCAGGCUUCCUUCACUAACUGAUCCAUCACUUCCUAAAGUACCAAUAGACAAAAACAUUCCAGCCAAUGAUGCCUGGGCUAUUUGUAGGAUAUUUAAAAAGCCUAGUUCAAUGGCACAAAGAGCGCUAUCCCACUCCUGGGGUCCUCAGUCAACUGCAACAAUAGAGCCAGAUCUCUUAUCUGCCCUGCAAUCCAUACAAGCUUCACAUUUUGCUUUCGAAAGCUCCCCUUGCUCAGCAGAAGUUGCAAUACCUGUGAGUCGGCUCAAUAGCCAGCAUUACUUUCAUGAGCAGCAGCAGCAGAAGCCCAACAGUUCACAAAAUGGCUCUUCAUGUAAAGUCAUAAAUUUCAGCCGUGGUCCAUCUUUAACUCAUAUAUCAGACAAAGACAUCCAUAGUGGUCCAAUCAUCUUUCCAUUUGAAACACAGACCCUCCAGAGGUCAUCAGAUGCCGUGCUUUUCAGCAUAGCCCCUGGAAUAAUCAAUAGCAUGAAUGAAGCCUCGCCAGAGCUAGAGUUUGAACACCCUGAACAGUGCAACGGGUAUGCAGUUGAUUGGGUUAUAGACACAAAUGAAGGUAUUGGAAAUAGGGACGAAGAUCCAUAUACAAGAAAACCUGACAAUGGACACAAUACAGGCAAUGAGUAUGGAGUUCCACCCAAAAUAAAAUUCCCCUUUGAUUUGGGGGUACAUUCUUCAGAUGAUUGGAUAUCCAAUGUGCCAUGUGAAUCUCUCAAUUGUCCCCCUGCCUCUCCGAGAGAUGUCCAAUAGCUGCUCGAAGGAAAAAAAUAUACAUAGUUAGAUAAUACAAGAAGAAGAGCAACCUUCAUUUGCUAGCAUUUCUGUUAGCAAUUGCCCUUGUACAUUUUCUGCUCAGUGUAUACUUUGUGAAUCCUACCUACCUGUACAAAAGAUAGGCUAAUAGAGAGAGAAAUAGAUUUGGUUGUAUGUAUUGAGUGCUUCAGUAUUAUGAAUACAUAUACUUUCCCUGAGAAUUAUAAGUGUGCCCUACAUGUCAAAUAUCAUAAAGUGAAUGACGAAUUAAGUACAGCAAAGAUCCUGACUCAGUUGUAUUGUCGGUGCAAAUUUAGAAAGGCAUAAAGUCUUCCCCAUGAUCAGGAACAAAUGUCACUAAUCAGAUGGCUAACAGGUUUAGAACAACUACCAAUGCAAAAUCUGGUGAACAGUGUAAAAAGGCUCAACAGU